AUAAAUGAUUUGCAAUAGUGCACAAAGGGUGGUAGAGCUCUGACAUAAUGCAGGAAUCAGCGCGUUGGGAAACUGUUACCCUUGAACACAGUGUACCCAGGGUGGUGAGGUGCUGAGCAUAUAGACUUAACAGAGAAACACCGCUUAAUGGGACGUUAUUAGGACGGGACAAAAGUAUGAAGGAGUAUAAAAAGAGGAAGAGUGGAUGAAUAUAUCGCAGUCAUUGGCAGAAACAGAGGCAGACGAAUCAGCAAGGCCGCACUAUCGAACAGAACAAUGAAGUUGUUGCUCUUGGCUCUAUCCGUCGCCCUGCUGUUUACAGCUGGUGAAACCCUGAACUGUCACCGGUGUGUCUCCGAGAAGGCCGGAGGAACCUGCGAGCUCUCUGUAGAGACGUGUAAACCAGAGAAGGACGCCUGCGCUGCUGCCAGGUUCCUCCAACCUCCACAUGGUCAAUACCAGAAAUGCAUGGCUCUGUCAGACUGCGAAAUGCUGAAGAUGAACUCCUACAUCGAUAUCAAUUGCUGCACCGAAGACAUGUGCAACAGUCUUCGAAAAUGACAACGUCUCGGAGAAUCUUUGAGCAAGGCACUUAAUCCCAAUGAUUCCCGCUGACAGCUGCAAGCGGCUGCCAGGUGGGAACGCAUGUUUGAAUUCAAA